ACUCGACUAAACUCCGAGAAUCUUGGGCAAGUGAUUUUAUGCUUAUUAUAAACUUUGGCCUUCAAAAUCAGCCCCCCCCCAGUGAAUGUGACAAAUGAAGCUAGCCUCAUGAAACAAACUACUCACUUCUCUCUCCUACCCAUCAAGUCCACAUAUUGCCAAAAUACAUUCACAUGUCUGUUUUCUUGUGGAAAAUGAUAAAUUUGCUCCACUUUUGCUUACAGUUGGAUCUCCACCAACUACUCCCUACUACUACCACUAUCCUCCUCUAUCCACACUCCAAAAAUUCAUCUUCAUCUACAUGGUAAUGCUCUGUGAGUCAUUCAUUGAAGCCAACCACCAUUCAUAGGGGAAAGUUAUGUGCAAGUUUGUUUCUCAUCUCCCAAAUUUCCCUGCCAUGAACCUAAUGGUUCUCUUCUUUUUGUCUGCUCUGUUCACAAUGGCAUUUUCUUUGAAACCUGAGCCAGCCAAAAAUAAUGCCCAGAUCACUGUAAUGGGUCUUGUUUAUUGUGACAUUUGCUCCAACAACAGCUUCUCUAGACACAGCUACUUCUUACCAGGUGCAGAAGUUCAAAUAUCCUGCAACUUCAAGGCAUUUGUUCCAAAAACAAGAGAACGAGUGUCAUUCUCAGUUAACAGGACUACAGAUAAACAUGGAGUUUACAGGCUUGAAAUACCAGCAGUUGAUGGGAUCAAAUGUGCAGAGGCUGUGUUUGCAUCAUCUUGCCAGGCAAGCCUAGUUGGAAGCUCAUCUAUUUCAUGCAACAUUCCUGGUUACAAAAGCACAACAGACCAGAUAGCUAUCAAAUCCAGACACCGCAAUCUCUGCAUCUACAGCCUUGCUGCAUUGAAUUUCAGACCAUCAAAAAGAGAUGUUUCCUUGUGUGGGAAAUAAAGCAACAUUCCUCUUGGUGUUCACUCGCAACUUUAUCCAUAUGUUUUUUGGGUAACUUCUGCAAUUCUCUCUCUCUUUUUAACACAAAUCCUUUGUUUUUGAAGAUAGAUCCAAUCUUCUCAUCUUCAGCUUUCUUGUGCGAAGGUUCUUUCCAUUUCUCCGUCUGCACUUUAAACACCCUUUUACAUUUGCCUUCUAGCCUUGGUGUGCUCUUUAAAGAAGUACAAAGGGUCAUGUAAGUAUUUUCAUCCUUGCAUUGCUUUUUAUGCUUUGUGUGAGCACAGCAAAUUGUGCUAUGAGACUUUUGUGCAUCUGGAGUCCAGGUUUAGCAUGUGACAUACAUGAAUAUUUACCAUAUUUUAUUUAGAUUGGUCUUUAGUUACAAUGUAUGAAAUGUAUGAAG